AUGAGUGCCAAAAACAGUGUUGAAGUCAGCCAUGGUCGUGGAGGAGCCGGUAACAUUGGUCCCGAUGCCACUGCCUACACAGACGGUGAGAUCGUUCGCGAGGGUGUCAUUGGCGAUCACGGCGACGGUGCAUUCUCAACAGGCCGCGGAGGAGCAGCCAACAUCGGCAGCCCGGGCAUGGCAGCUACCAAGCGCAAGGACGACAUGGCUAUUCCCGAAGUCGCCUUGCGACCCAGCAUGGAGGACCAAGACUUCCACACUGGUCGAGGAGGUGGUGGAAAUGUUCACAAGGCCGAUGCGUUUAGGAAGCCCGCGCAUCCUAUCGGGUUCGCUGAUAGGCUGAAGAACAAGCUGUUCAAGAAGAAGAAGGUGCAGCAGGAGAAGCCUGCGCAGACGAUGACUACUGCUGUUUAA